AUGGUUUUUCUUUCUCUUCUAACUUCUUUUAUAAGGAAAAGUGAGGUACAGAUUUUUCCUGAGAGUUAUUAUUAUGUAGAUGAAAGGGGAAUGACGACAAUUUUGGAUGAUGUGGAAAGGGAUCUCUCGAUUCUCCAUAUAGAAUUGUGCGAUGCAUUUCGCGAGGAAACUGAUGUGGUUCAUCAUCAUGUUACUCAGGUUUCCAAUACCCAAUCACUUCUCUAUGAUCGACACUGUCGCCGCAUUUACCGUACACUUUCUGAUCUUUGUAAACCUGAAGAAGUUGUUGUCAGGGCACAAAACAUAACAGCUGAUCUCUGGCGCGCAUGGAAAGGAAUAAAAUCUGCUUCUUGUGAUGCGACAACGGAAAUGUUGUCAAGACUUACUAGCUCUGAGUGCAAAGAGGAUGCUGGUGAUGAAAACACCACACUUAUGUUACUUCUAUCUAUAAUAGAAGAUGACUUGAGUUUUGCAUCUGAAACCCUCUCUUUAGCGGAGCGUGGGUUACAGCAACUUUGGAAAGACGUGGAGUGUGAGCGUGCUGUGGCCUUAGAUGUUGCAUCACAACGCAAAGCCUUGAGAAAGCGGCAGAUUCAACGUACUGUGGCGGUAAACCUUAGUCAGGAGACUUGCAAUCGAAUAAUUGAAGAAGAAUCAUCCCAGAUUUCCACUUUGAAGUCAAAGUCGAGGGAGUUACAGAUAGGCUUUAAGAAGAAACGUUCGCAACGAUUGACUGGGGUUCUCUUACCUCGAGUUGAAGGUGAGAAGAAGACGAAAAUGCUUAACAUCUUCAUGACGAGUUUGCAACAACUAGGAAUGGAUAUGAAGUCCCAUGAGGAAGUGCAGUCCAACUUACUCUUGAAGAUUCGCUCUCUGCGAGACUUAACAGUUUUCUCUAAUGACGAUCAAGCGAAUGUUUAUUUCUCCCAAACUCAUGAAAGAGAAACUGUACAGGAGCCAAGUGGCAUAUCCAUUACUAUAAUGUCUUCCCCAGAAGAAGAACGUAUAUCUUUAACCCAACGGAUAGAUCGUCUACAAACUUUAUUAAAGGAGUUUUGCAAGCCUGCGAGUCAUUAA